AUGGCCGACGACUCUUCCGAUCUAUCCUCCAUCUCUUCCUUGUCCCCUGCGCCAUCGGGCGACGAAUCUGAAAUUGAAUUGAAGCCCCAGAAUGGCAUUCUGAAGUUCUUCCACCGCGUCUCCAAGGACGAAGUCGUCGAGGCAAGGAAGAAGGAGAUGUCGCCUCCACCGCGCAAGAGGGAGCCCUCCCCUCCCCAUGAAUAUGUUUUUGCCGACCAUCCGGACAUUGCAUUCAUUGUCAUGUUCCGCAAACGAUUCGACAGCGUCAUGCCCAGGUCUCUGGCACAUUUCGGCCCCCUCGAGCUGGAGCAGGAUAUCAAGCAGGAUCCUCCUGCCGAACGAGUCGAGCAAUUCCUAUGCGUUGUUCUCGGCCUCCUUCUGAAUCGCAAACAAGACAUCAAGCUCGGCCACUACCAGAAGGCAUUGAACGAGGAUGCGAUCAACGGCAAGGACUUCAAACCCCAAUGGCCCCGUGAAUGGCAAGAUCGGAGUCCUCUUGCAGGCGGCGCAACCUUCCAGUCCAUCUCGCCCGAACAACGACUCCUUCUACUCAAAACCCUAGCUCUCUGGGCCUUGGGAUACUCAGACGCUGUCAAGACCCUGAUCAACUCCAGCUACAACCAGAAGCGCACCGCCGAUGACCUCAACCAACCCCUGUCCGUACAACCGUGGGGCCAUGACAGCGAGAAGCGCCGAUACUAUCUUGUGGAAGGCGACGACAACUGCUCAUUCCGGAUAUACAGGGAGGGAAAUCCAGCCGCUUUAUACAACAGGCAAUGGAUAAGCGUUGCUGGUAGCAUCGACGAAGCCAAGGCCCUCGCGGAGAAGCUGGGCAAGGAUAAUGGGCAGAACGCACGCAAGCUUAGCAGGAGCAUCUUGAACAAUAUUGCAAACUUCGAGGAGAAGGAGGAGAAACGCAAGCGACGCGAGUAUAGACGCACGCAGAAGGAACGCUUCCGCCGACCCGAGCCGGGUUUCUCCCUCUACGAGGGCCGAACCAGAGGAAAGCGAGUCAAGUACACGUACUCGGACGAAGAAGACUUCUACACGGACUCGACCAGCAACCGCCGAUCAACGCGCAACACUCGAAACCCCACUCCUGUCGACGCUGGUCCUGUAAUCACAGCUAGCGGUCGCCAGUCGCGGCCCCCUCCCCGCCUUACGGCUGACAACAUGAGCAGCGGCGAUGCCAGCGCUGCGCCUAGCGUCCAGGGCGAUGAUGCAGCCGGAGGCAACCUAGAUACAGAGAUGAGCGAGGCGCCAGAGAUUGGACCAACGGGAAGACCCAGAAGGACUGCUGCGGCACAACAUACCACAAACGGCUGGGCUGGCUCCCGGAAGCGGAAUAGAGCAUACGUGUCUGAUGACGAGGACGACGAGGACGAGCCGGACUUUGGUGAUGAAGGCGACGACCACGUCCCGCAAGAUGAGACGGAAGAUGAGGAAGAGUUUGAGAACGACGCCAUGGAUGAAGAUGAUGACGAGGUCGCCCCCGAAAGCCCCGACUCGACCGAUAGCCGCAUGGUGAAGCUGCACAUCAAGGUCAACUUUGACAAAGACGGCAAGGCAAAGCGUCUGCCAAAGAAGCGCGACGGGUCCACAGAGUCGGCAUCGACGCCGUCCAAUAUCGCGUCAUCGCCCGAAGCAGCCGAGUCCGCCUCUGACGAGAGUCCCAGUGACAUUCCCACACAUGAGCCUGAGCAUACGGGCGACGUCAUCCAGGCUGCACCACUUAAGCGCCCAGAGCCGGGCGUGACCUCGGCCCCCGCGUCUGAGGCAGCCAGCGCCCCUCCGACCCAGGCUUCUGAGCCCGUCUCGACUCCCGCGCCCAUGAGUUCAGCCCCGACGAGCGCUGACAAGUCAUCCGAGAACUCAGAGAAUGUUGCUCCGAAGCCAGAGGCGCCCACUACUGACGGAUUCGCGGCUGCCAGCGGCAGCCUCAAGCUACAAGCAGGCGCUGCGCCGGCCUCGCUAGCCUUCAGGGGCAGCCCUGAGAAGCCGCGUGCUGUUAUGGCGUCGGCGAACCAGGAUUAG